AUGCAAAUGUUUACGAAAUCUAGUAUGCCUUUUCAAUCACAUCUACCCAAAUUCAAAUCCAAACACUCAAAUGAAAAAUCCCAACCCCUUCCCAAACCAUUCCAACGUACAUUGCACAUAACCAACCUCCCACCAACGAUCAAACCUUCGCACUUCAAUUACAUCCUCUCUCAUCCUGUUCAUUCUCAAUCUUCAGGUCGGAGAGGGAAAUAUAAGGACACAGGGGUUAGUUUGGUUCAGAUCUAUCAUCUUCCUUCUCCCUCUCCUUCAAUCAAGGCUAGACCAUUGAACCGGUUGAUAAGCGUAUUUAAGAGGAUAGUAUGUGUUUCCGGGGGUGAAGAAGAUGAUGAUACGGUAACGUGCGACACUUCAAGGAAUAGUAUCGCUAAAUCCCUCGUUUCGGUACAAAGUCCAAAUGCAAAUUCAGCUUCAAAUUCGACUUCCGGUGUAAAUCGGCCUAUAUCUCCUGGUCAAACGUCAACCCGAAAUUCCAGAUCAGGGACCAGUGGAACUACCGCAAGUGAGGACGAUGGAAGUAGAGUAGAAGAGCGUGAAGUGAUCGAUCAAAAUACCAACCCAAUCUCACCAGAACAAGAUCAUGUAUUAAUGAAUAUCACUCAGAACGUCAAAGACAACGAGGAGGAAGAAAAGGAGUUUAGAACGGUUGCUUGGAUACAUUUUAGGGAUGAAGAUCAUCUAUAUCGCGCCAAACAAGUUUUGAGAUCUAUAACUAUCGAUGGAAGACAAAUCGUAGUCAAAACUGAUAGGUUCGAUGGUGGGAUUAUCAAGAGAAUUUGGUCGGAAGGUUCUUCCAACAAAAAGUCAGAGUGA